CUCUUUGUCUCUCGCUAACUACAGUUUCUCUCAGAAGGAAAGAAAGCGCAUAAACACACACUCGCACACACUGCUUCGGCACACACAGUGGUUCAAUCGGACUGCACGCACUCGAAGACGCACUCGGGCGUGGUUGUGCGUGUUUGCGAAGAUCGGAGUCUCGAUUGCUUCUCCAGUUACUAUCUCCUCGCUUGGCUCGAGAUCCGAGCCAAGACCAGAGGAAUUUUGCUGGACUUGCCAGAGUAUUGUUAUUUUCGUGGAUAGGGUUUUGUUGAGAAGAGGUGAAAAUGGCUAGCAGCGAGGGGUUUCUGACGGAGGAGCAGAGGGAGAUGCUGAAAAUAGCUUCUCAGAAUGCGGAGGUGAUGUCAUCAUUGUCGCUAUCGUCGUCUCCGAAAUCUCCUGGCCCGAGGUCUCCCCGACCGAAGUCUCCCGGUCAGAAUUCUUCUGUGCUGUCCGAGCACCACCAUGUCAAGGCCCCGGGUGGAGGACAUUCUGCUAUGGUUGGGGGCGUGGCGGUCAGGCAUGUGCGGCGGUCGCACUCUGGGAAACUUAUCAGAGUUAAGAAGGAUGGUGCUGGCGGCAAAGGAACCUGGGGAAAAUUACUCGACACAGAUGGUGAAUCUUUCAUUGAUCGAAAUGAUCCCAACUACGACAGUGGCGAGGAGCCUUAUGAGCUUGUUGGAUCAACUGUUUCUGAUCCUUUGGAUGAAUAUAAGAAAGCUGUGGUAUCUCUUGUAGAGGAAUACUUUACCACUGGUGAUGUGGAAGUGGCUGCCUCUGAUCUUAGAGAACUAGGAUCAAGUGAGUAUCAUCCAUACUUCAUUAAGCGUCUUGUUUCAAUGGCCAUGGACAGACAUGAUAAAGAGAAGGAGAUGGCUUCAGUCUUGCUCUCAGCCUUGUAUGCUGAUGUUAUAAUGGCAGCCCAGAUUAGUCAGGGUUUUUUCAUGCUACUUGAGUCUGCGGAUGACCUGGCUGUGGACAUUUUGGAUGCUGUUGACGUGCUUGCUUUAUUCAUUGCUCGAGCAGUGGUAGAUGACAUUCUACCCCCAGCUUUCAUCACCAGGGCCAGCAAAAUGCUCCCAGAAUCAUCUAAGGGUUUUCAGGUAUUGCAAACUGCUGAGAAAAGCUACCUCUCAGCACCUCAUCAUGCAGAGCUUGUCGAGAGACGAUGGGGUGGUAGCACCCAUCUCAGUGUUGAUGAGGUGAAGAAGAAGAUUGCUGACCUUUUAAGAGAAUAUGUCGAAAGUGGAGAUACUUCCGAAGCCUGUAGAUGUAUUAGACAAUUAGGUGUGUCAUUUUUCCAUCAUGAAGUUGUGAAAAGAGCUUUGGUUCUAGCAAUGGAGAUUCGAACUGCAGAACCUCUCAUCCUGAGGCUGCUAAAGGAAGCCGCGGAUGAGGGUCUAAUAAGUUCAAGUCAAAUGGUGAAAGGUUUUACUCGAUUAGCUGAGAGCCUUGAUGAUCUUGCCCUUGAUAUUCCCUCUGCCAAAAAAAUGUUCCAAUCCGUUGUUCCCAAGGCAAUAUCUGAAGGAUGGCUUGAUGCAUCUUUUGUAAAAUCUUCAGGCAAGGAAGGGGGGAAAUCAGAGGAGAAAGAUGAGAAGUUGAUGCUCUACAAGAAAGAAGUUGUUACCAUAAUUCAUGAAUACUUCCUCUCAGAUGAUAUCCCUGAACUGAUUCGGAGUCUGGUAGAUCUAGGGAUGCCUGAAUAUAACUCGAUUUUUCUAAAGAAGCUCAUCACUCUAGCCAUGGACCGGAAAAACAGAGAGAAAGAAAUGGCAUCUGUUUUGCUCUCUGCUCUGCACAUAGAGAUAUUCUCAACAGAAGACAUAGUCAAUGGUUUUGUUAUGUUGUUGGAAUCUGCAGAAGACACUGCACUUGACAUUUUAGACGCAUCAAAUGAACUUGCAUUUUUCCUCGCAAGGGCUGUUAUAGACGAUGUCCUUGCUCCUCUGAAUUUGGAUGAAAUUGCCAGUAUGCUGCCACCAAAAAGCAGUGGUAGUGAAACGGUAUGUAUGGCCAGAACACUUACAGCAGCACGUCAUGCUGGGGAGCGGAUCCUCAGGUGCUGGGGUGGUGGCACCGGCUGGGCUGUUGAGGAUGCAAAGGACAAGGUUCAGAAACUUCUCGAGGAAUAUGAAAGCGGUGGAGUUGUUAGUGAAGCUUGCCAAUGCAUUCGCGAUUUGGCCAUGCCAUUUUUCAAUCAUGAGGUGGUGAAGAAAGCAUUAGUUAUGGCCAUGGAGAAGAAAAAUGACAGGAUGCUGGAAUUGUUGCAAGAAUGCUUCAGUGAGGGGUUGAUCACCAUCAAUCAGAUGACCAAAGGUUUCAACAGGAUCAAAGACGGGCUCGACGAUCUGGCUCUUGAUAUCCCAAACGCAAAGGAUAAGUUUAAGUUCUAUGUUGAGCAUGCUAGAGAGCACGGUUGGCUCCUGCCGUCAUUUGCUUAGUUUAUGGUGGUUACAAUACACCUUAUUGCUCUCUGCUGUUGUUGCGUUGUUUCUUUUUUCUGUCCGGCACAUCAGAAGUGGAUAGAUCGGUGAUGAUCUCAAUCCCUUCUGUUAUGUCCUCUCUUUCAUUUCCUGCAUCAGCCUAUGAAGGUUCUGAAUGUACAAAAUUAGGUCUGUGGUUUGUUUCAAGAUUAGCUAUAGACAUGUGCUUUUGAAUGUUUAAUUGUUUUAAUUUUGAGGUUAGAAUACGAGAGGGGAGUUAUGUCUCAUUCAAAUGUUCAACUUGCAAACCUCUGUUGUGCUAGUAGUAUACUACAGUAGUAUGUCUUAAUAUUUUGAAUAAAUAGCACCGACAUUUCUCUAUUAA